GAGCACAGGAAGUGACUUGCAACAGCCUCGUUUUGUCAAGGGAGAGUUACGGUCGCCAUCUUGUCGGAAAAGUCUACAAAAUGUAGGGUAAACCCAAACUGACCCAAAGUGAUAGAUCUGUUUACAACUUGAAUACCAUGCUUGUGGGCAUCACAAGCGUGGACUGUGAUCCGGCUGUCAUUAUUUCGACUUCACUAUUGUCUAUAUUUGACUUCUCUUGAAAUUUGAAAGAUACAAUUUUUACUGAUAGACCGCCAUUGAUAUCCUUCGACGCCUAAGUUCUCUCACACUUGAGCACCUAGGAAGAAAUCUUUCAGGGAAAUAUAUUCCGGCAGGGGCCAAGCUUGCCAGGCGAGCUUUUGCAAGUCACAAGAUGCCUUUGCCAAGCAGAGCAAGAGUAUACGCUGAUAUCAACACACACAAACCCAGAGAAUACUGGGACUAUGAAUCACAUGUUGUAGACUGGGGCAACCAGGAUGACUACCAAGUUGUGCGCAAACUAGGCAGAGGAAAGUACAGUGAAGUGUUUGAGGCAGUUAAUGUCACCAACAAUGAAAAGUGUGUCAUCAAGAUAUUGAAACCUGUGAAAAAGAAGAAAAUCAAACGAGAAAUCAAGAUCUUGGAAAAUCUCAGAGGUGGCACUAAUGUCAUCACACUGGUUGCAAUUGUGAAAGACCCAGUGUCUCGAACACCUGCCCUCAUAUUUGAGCACGUCAAUAACACUGACUUCAAGCAACUGUAUCAGACGUUCAUUGACUAUGAUAUACGAUUCUACCUGUAUGAGUUGUUAAAGGCUUUGGAUUACUGCCACAGCAUGGGCAUCAUGCACCGGGACGUGAAGCCUCACAACGUCAUGAUUGAUCACGAGAACAGGAAGCUGCGUCUCAUAGAUUGGGGUCUGGCAGAGUUUUAUCACCCAGGCAUGGAGUACAAUGUUCGUGUGGCCUCGAGAUACUUCAAAGGUCCAGAGCUUUUGUUAGAUUACCAGAUGUAUGACUACUCGUUAGACAUGUGGAGCUUGGGCUGCAUGUUUGCCAGUAUGAUCUUCAGGAAAGAGCCUUUCUUUCACGGUCACGACAACUAUGAUCAGCUGGUGAGAAUAGCCAAGGUGUUGGGCACUGAUGAUCUGUACAGCUACAUAGAAAAAUAUCAGAUUGACCUGGACCCACGCUUCAAUGACAUUUUAGGGAGGCAUUCUCGAAAACGAUGGGAGAGAUUUGUGCACAGUGAAAACCAGCACCUGGUCAGUCCGGAAGCUUUAGACUUUUUGGAUAAACUUCUUCGUUACGACCAUAACGAUCGCCUAACUGCUCGCGAUGCCAUGGACCAUCCAUACUUCUACCCCAUUGUGAAAGAACAAGGGCGAAUGACGACUCUGCCUGGGCACACGUCACCCACUCCUGUUACUGCUGCCGGCCAGAUCGGAGGCUCGUCAGUGACUAGUACGGUGGGCUCCUCCAGCUCCCCAGUGAUGUCCUCCAACAUGACCAUCCCCAACAACGCCGCCAACCCCCAGAGCUAGACCACGGCCGCGCCGCACCGCCCGGCCCUCCUAGACCUCUCUACCCUGCCCUACACCUACGCCCACACAGACACACACUGUAUACACACAGACACACAUGCGUGCACACACACCCACAGACAGACCAGCAUGGGAGGAUCAUGGGGCUGACAGAUGAGGCACUUUGCCGACACCACGACACUUCCAUCUCCUCUGGGUUUUUUUCUCAAUUCAUCUAAUCUUUUUUCUCUCUUUCUCUCUCUUUUACUCUUUCUCUCUCUCGCUCACCACCUCCCUCUUGUUAUCAUCUCCUCAGAGAGAGAGGAAAAGUUGGGAGGAACAGUUCCACUAUGUGUCUGAUCUGAUGAUCAUCCCUCAUGUGUACAUGAUGAUAUGUAACAUAGCUGUUUGACCAUUACGUCUGUUCGCCAUUCUCUCCAUCCUCUUGUCACUUCGCAUGGGUCAGUCAUCCUUUACAUCCAUCUUCCUCUUGUUUUACAUCCAUCCUCCUCAGCACUUGUUUUCUUGUUAACCUCAGUCUCAUCAGCUGCCUGCCUGUAGUGGGCAGUGUAAACAUUGAACAGAUUCCCAUAUAUACAGACCAAUGAUUUUUGUGUCCUGCGACUUGGUCAGAUGAAGUGAAUAAUUGAACAAUUCAUAUCAGUGUCGAAGGGAGGUUGGUCAGGACAGAUGGGUUAGGUGAACAAUUUCUCAGACUGUGUGCCCACUAAUGCGCGAACGCUGGCUUUGAGGUGGGGUGGGGAGGCUUGUUGGUUUAUCUCUCGGAGCCUCUUGUGGUAUUUGUCCUCGUUAUUUAUGGCAUUAGCAUUUUGUAUUAGAACCUUGAUCUAACCUAGCUCAUGAUCCAGAAUUCUGUUAGUUGCUAAACCGCGGGCCACACGUAUAUUUGCAAAAGUGACAGCAAAAUGUUGUCCAGGUAUAUGUUUGCAAGUUGUCAGUGGAGAGCGAGAGAGAAGGAAAGAGAGAGAGGGGCAGGCCAUGGGUGAAGAUGACGGCCUCAUUGAAUGAUAGUGUGUUCUGGUGUCAGUGUGUGUGCGGAUGUACCGGUGUGUUUGUGUGUACCAGGUGUGGUGAUUGUAAGCGUGUGGCUGUAGUAGUAGCAGGUGUGGUGCUUGUCAGUGUUGGACAAGUGGAUGACGGCGGUGCUGAGGCUGGCUUACUUUCUCCUGUAUCAUGUGGCAGUGAUGUCUGACAGGUUCCUUUCUCCUGUCUCAUGAGGCAGUGAGGGCAUGAGGCUAGCCACCAGAAGUCUGUUGUUUGUGUGUGUGUGUUGGUGAUGUGUAGUUAGGGAGAACAAAUGUGUGUUGUGUUCUGGACCUCUUGGUGACGUGCCAGUAUUAUCAGAGUUUGUUUUGUUCACCAUCAUCUUUGUCCCAUCACAGCUGUGGCACGCACCCAUCACACUGCUGCAUCAUGCUUCAUCCACACGCAGACACACACAAACACAUACACACACUGAGUUGUAGCGUGAAAUAUUGCAAUAUAUAUGAAGAUAUACUCGCAAGCCGUGGAAGUGUUGUUUCAUGUCAGCGUUGUUGUUUUCCGUGUGGGUGAGAAAGUGCUUUGAAGAAGGAAGGUUGGUCCUGAAAGAACUUGUGUCCUCCCGGUUGGUAUUUUUCCAGUAGGUAUGUUACCUUUAGUUCCUAGCUGCUUUGGAAACAUGCCCCACAGUAUGUUUUUGUCCUGUGUGUGGCUCGUUUACCUUGGGGCGGUAGCAUCAGGUAGUCCAUAGGUCCUGACCUCCCGGCUACACAGGACUGUCUACUCUGUUGUUUCAGCAUACAAGACAUUUAGUUUUUUUAGAUCUCAGAUGGAUGGAUACAAGAGAGCAGUGAGUUGUGCUGUAUGUGCUGUGUUGUGUUGUUCUGCGUGUUGCAUGUGGUGUGUAGCGGUGCUGACCUGGUUAUCUCUCAGUCCUCCAGAGAAUAUCUUUGUUGUGGAUGGUGGUAGUGUCAGGGGAUGGUCCUGUGAUGGUCUCUGUGCUGAUUGUCUGGUGUUUGAGUCUCUUUCUUAGCUUGAGGACUAUGAGGCCAGGGCUGACUGUGUGUGGCUUGAUCUGGUGUCUCACGUUUUGUAAAGAUGAUUGUUGCAGGUUUUUGUCUUGAAAUUCCCGAAACUAAUCAAUAAAUAUUAACGAUCAAUGCUUUGAGAAUGCUGUUUUUCUUUCCUUUUUUUUUUUUUGGGUGAAAAUUUGUGAAGAGGAAUAGCGUGAAUGAAGCUAUAUAUUGGAAUUUUGACAAAGUGUAGAAGUGUUGUGUCUUUGGGUAUGAAUGUUGUUCCAGUAAGAUGAAAGCGUGAAGUGAAGCUCAGUGACAUUUAUUGACAACUCUAGUUGUGUGUGUGGGCAGCGUGUCUCUGGUGUUCCUGGGGGGAGAGCCGCACAUGUCUUGUACAGAUUCUGUGGCCUGUCUUGUCCGUCUGUCGGAGUGUGUGUGUGGCAGGCCCUGUGUUGGCUGUCCACGGCACAAGUUCAGGAUCUAACAGCUGAGAGAGUGCGAUCAGGCGGAGAUCUCGGAACUUCCCUUUCAGCUGCUGACACCACCGAGUCGUCGUUCUUGUCAGUUUCUUGAGUGAAUUCUCAGCUGGGAAAUUGUGUCCUCCUUGUGCUGAAUGAGCUUACUUAGUGUAUGUUUAUGUACAGAUACUUUGCUUGAGUCGGAGGCUCACCGAUUAUUUAUUUUAGUCUCAUCAUCUAAUUCAGGUUGCAACUUACAUUGGCAGCUUAGUGGAGGAGGUUACAGGAUGUGCGUGCUUUGUCUCGGGUCGUGUCCUGGGGUGAAAGAACUGGCCAUGGUUUUGUCUGCCACGAAUUUGAGUUGCUCUGGAGAGACCUACAGUCAGUGCCACCAGGUGGCCCGCCAGUUUUUCUUCUUCUUCUUCUUCUACUCUUCGCCAAUUGUGUUUCUUUGGCAAUGAUUACUCGUUCUCAUUUGAAUCAACUGGAAGAGGGAGAUGUACUGACUGGUAUCCCCCCCACGAGUGGCAGACUGAGACAAUGUGUGUAUUGUGAGAUGCAUUCUCUCCAAGAUGAAGCUUUUAUAUCCACUCAUCUGUAUGAUUUUCUUUUGUUUUAAAAGUUCAUUACCGUACUCAGUAACCGUGAGAUGUUCAUUGAAGUCUGUAUUAUAAUUUUAUGUGUUUUGUGAAGUUUUGAGAUGAAGGCACAACCAUUAGCGUUUAUAUAUAUACAGUACCGUACGAUGAUGACGUUUGGAUUACCCAGUAACAUGCAUGAAGGUUUAUCACUCUGGAAGGGCACAACAUAAGCUUUUCAACUGUGUUUCUUCCAGUUCCUUCUUCGAGGUUCUGCGUUUGCUAACUUUGUUCUAGGGCUAAUAAAUUAUAAAUAAAGCCACUUGUUGUGCUGGGGGGUAAUCUGGGUUGUAUUCCCCUCCCCCCUGCCCUGUUGUGUGCGUUAUUUCCCCCUCAUGUCUUGUGAGGACUGACCGAAUGGUGGAAGCACAUGUUUGUAGUUGACAAGUUUCAGUAGUGUGAUAGGGAUGCUAGGGAGAGCUGUGACGUGACUGAGGAUUACGCCUUGUGCUCUGGACCACCUCCAUCUCUCUCUUGUAUUGUUUUCUUCUUUUUUUAAAAAUAAAAAAACUAGGAGAGUGCUGCAUUCAAAAGUGGCCGUGUUUCUGUAUAUGUGGUUAUGUCACUUGUUACUCAUGUCAAUCUGCGUAAUAAAAAGUACGAAAAUAUUA